CUCCUGCCAUCCUGAGAGUGGGGGCUAGGGGGAAGGGUCUCUGAUGGGCAGGGAGAGGUACCAGGGUGCUGAGCCAGUCCAGGACUGCCCCCUCCUGGCCCACUCAGAGCCCCCAGGUGUGAGAAGCUCCGUCUCCCAUGGGUAGCAUUGGCCCUGCCCUAUCUCUGCCUCCAGCACCCAGGGCGGCCGCAGAUGGCAGUGUCUCUGGGGACAGCAGCUGCGAAUGAGUCCACAGGCCGACGCUGAGCUGCUCAGGCUGAGGCGGUGUGCUCAGCACAGAGCCCCCGGAACUGGCAUCUGCAGGGCGUGAGCCAAGGCCGCCGCAAUGCCGCACUUCCUGGACUGGUUCGUGCCUGUCUACCUGGUCAUCUCCAUCCUCAUUCUGGUGGGCUUCGGCGCCUGCAUCUACUACUUCGAGCCGGGCCUGCAGGAGGCGCACAAGUGGCGCAUGCAGCGUCCCCUGGUGGACCGCGACCUCCGCAAGACGCUAAUGGUGCGCGACAACCUGGCCUUCGGCGGCCCCGAGGUCUGAGCCGACUUGCGAAGGGGAUGGGCGGGUGGCACGGGGCGCCCUCCCCCAGCCCGUCCAGCCCGGAGACCCCCAAGGCAGAGGGAGGCCGGCCUCUUGGCCCUCCACGCUAUGCCUCUGCAGCCUGGGCCCUCCCGACAGCGGCCCCAGGUGCGUUGGCAGUGGAGGUGGGGCACUGAGGUGCCUGGCUGGCCCAGGGCUUGCUCUCCGUGUCAAGCCGACUCACCCAGAGCCCACCCUCCCAAGCUCAGGGGCAUCCUCCGCUGGGCCCCAGUGCCUUUUUGCUGCGCAGCACUCUGCCCCUCCACUGGAGUCAGCCAUGUCUAUGGCUGCCUGUCCUGAGGCUCCCGAGCCCUCAUUUCUUCGUGAAAUCCCCAGUUUCCCCACUCAGCUCCCCUGCCUCCACUCAAUGGCACCGGCCCUGCAGCUUUAGGCGGCAGGCAUCGAAGCCAACCCAAGGAAAGAACCUAAGAACCUCGUUUGGAGGGAUAUCAGCUUGGGCCAGCCCAGCUGCACCCCGCAGGGCUCCA